UAAUUUAUUCGCAGUAUCUAUUUGCAAAUCUUGAAGAAGACACAGUGUAAGAAUGAAGACUGCAAUUCUCCUUCUAUGUUUUGCAACACUAGGCCUGUGCGACGAUGUAAUAUUGCGGGCAGCGUCCAGAGAAGUAAACUGCCAUUGUCAGUGCUCUCCUCUAACCUUUAGGGACAAAUACGGUAGAAUCAACGGCAACUGUAAAGCAGCAGAUGAGACGGGAGCGAAGUGGUGCUAUGUUGACACCAGAUACUCGCGGUGCAGUGAUCUGAGUAAAUCUGAUAGAUAUCGGAAAUACUGGUCGUAUGAGGCAUGCGCCACUCCUGAGCUAGGAAGCUAUCAAUGCAGAGGAUCCAGUGGAGGAUACUCUGCAGGUUCAAACGGAGGCUUUAACACGGGAUCAAAUGGAGGCUUUAACUCUGGAUCAAAUGGAGGCUUUAACUCUGGAUCAAAUGGAGGCCAUCAUUCUGGAUCAAACGGAGGCUUCAACUCUGGAUCAAAUGGAGGCUUCAGCUCUGGAUCAAAUGGAGGCUUUAACUCUGGAUUAAAUGGAGGCUUUAACUCUGGAUCAAAUGGAGGUUAUGGCCAAGGAUCAAGUUUAACUCUUGAACAGAUUCUCCAAGCUAGAUCUAAAGAUAGCAAAGUGUAGUUCAACCUGAUAAUGAGCAUUACUCUUUGAGGUUUUUUUCCCAGAAAAAGACCUCAAAGUGAUGGAAUAAAGUUACUAAUAUCAACCUAAAUAUGUGAUAAAACUAUUAUUAAUCAAUUAAAUUUCAUUUACAGAAAUAUUUACGUAAAAUAAAUAUCAUAAACAUAUAAAAAUUA